GCUCUCACACCAAAAGAUCUCUGAUGCCUCUUUUUUUAAGUUUUUCAGUAACUUUCAUACGCGCACACACACGGACAUGCCCUCUCUCUUUCUCUCUCUCUCUCUCUGAAGCCUGUGGCAAAACAUAGAAGCAGAGGAAACAGCAUAUACACGAAACACCAUGUUAUUGAACAGAUCAAAUCCACCAUUGUUUCUUCUUCUUGUGGGGUUUGUUUUCUCUCUUGUUCUUUUCACAUCCUCUUCACCAACCACUUUCACUUCUCAUCUCCAGACUCUAAAUUUUCCGGAGGCUGUUAGUGAAAGGGUGAAUGGUGUUUUGGUACCAUGGGAGACAAGAAGGCGUCUUGAAGAAGAGAACUCGAACUCUUCUCUGAUAUUGGCUGCAAAAAGAACUCGAAGACAAGACCCUUUGGAUAAAUUUAAGCGUUAUACUGGUGGCUAUAAUAUCAGCAAUCAACAUUACUGGGCUUCUGUGGGUUUCACGGCUGCUCCUUUCUUUAUCAUUGCUGGAAUUUGGUUUGUGCUCUUUGGAUUGUGCUUGGCCUUUAUCUGUCUCUGUUAUUGCUGUUGUCGAAGAGAACCUUAUGGCUAUUCUCGAAUAUGCUAUGCCCUCUCUCUCAUUUUCCUCAUUCUCUUCACAAUUGCUGCAAUUAUGGGGUGUGUUGUCCUCUACAUUGGUCAACAGAAGUUUCACAGCAUUACUACACACACAUUGGAUUAUGUUGUGCACCAGGCAAAUGUUACUGCUGAAAACCUCAGGAAUGUAUCAGAUUAUCUUGCUGCAGCUAGAAGUGUCUCUGUGGAUAAUAUGCUUCUGCCAGCCAAUGUCCGAAACAACAUUGGUGACAUUGAAACAAAGAUCAACUCCUCUAGCAGCACUCUUUCCAGUCGUACACAAGAUAAUUCUAAGGAUAUACAAGAUGGUUUAGAUAGCAUGAGACUAGCUCUUAUUAUACUUGCUGCCGUAAUGCUUGCUUUGGCAUUUCUUGGAUUCUUAUUCUCCAUUCUUGGACUGCAGUGUCUUGUAUAUUUCCUGGUGAUUCUUGGGUGGAUUCUGGUUGCGGGCACAUUUAUUUUGUGUGGUGUAUUUCUUCUUGUCCAUAAUGUGGUUGCAGAUACAUGUGUUGCAAUGGAUGAGUGGGUCCUGAACCCCACCGCCAAAACAGCAAUGGAUGAUAUAAUCCCUUGUGUGGAUAAUGCAACUGCUCAGGCAACCUUGCAGCAAACCAAGGAAGUCACUUACCAACUUGUCAAUGUGGUUGAUGGCAUCAUCAAAAAUGUCUCCAACAGAAAUUUCCCACCACUGGUACCUUUGUAUUACAACCAAUCUGGUCCAUUGAUGCCUGUUCUUUGCAACCCGUAUAAUUCUGAUUUCACAGAACGGCAAUGUGCUGCUGGCGAAGUGGACUUGAACAAUGCUACUGAGGUGUGGAAGAGUUAUACCUGUCAGGUUCAAUCUGGUAUUUGUAAGACACCUGGGAGAGUUACUCCCAGUUUGUAUAACCAAAUGGCAUCUGCAGUAAACUUGAGCUAUGGGUUGCAUCGUUAUGGCCCUUUCUUGGUUAACUUGCAAGACUGCACUUUCGUUCGACAAACUUUCACUGUCAUCAGCCACUCUUACUGUCCAGAUUUGAGGCAAUAUACGGGAUGGAUCUACAUUGGGCUGGUGAUGGUAUCUGCUGCUGUAAUGCUGUCAUUGAUCUUCUGGGUAAUCUAUGCAAGAGAGCGAAGGCAUCGUGUAUAUACCAAGCAGUCAAUGUCCAGAGACGUGGAAGGACGAGACAAGGCCCCAUAAAGAUGUGCUAAUUAGUUUAUUAGGUUGCUCUAUUCUGUGUAUAUCUUUGGUAGCAUACAUUGCAUUAUUUUUGGACUUUGUCGAUUAUGUGAGUCCUUAGGCUUGGCUAUAACUCAGUACAGCUCUUUUCAUGGGUGUGUGUUCAUAAUGAAAUGUUGCUUCUUACAUCAACUUUAAGCAAUGAUGAUUUAUAGACUUGUAUUAUCAUA